AUGAAUUUCUCAGCGAUUCCCAACCGUUGCUUGUGCGUAGAGAUAUGUAAAUAUGGCAGCACACGGUGGCAGUGCGUCAGUGUCGCAUCAGGCAGGCCAGUAGAUUGUUUCUCUUACGCGUCACCAGCCCUCCAAGCCACACUGAACUCGAAGAGCACGACCGACUACCUGAGAGUGCAGCCAAUAUACAACCUGAAUAAACCGCCCCAGGGCACUUGCAUCGUCACUGAUCACCAGUCCGGACACAAGAUGCGUCUCAGGGCCUCCGGUGUUCUGCUGCUGCUCUUCAUGGCGCUCGUGGUGCGCGGUCAGCCUACGAGGGACGCUGGCACCUCGUGUGUCCACUGUCCGCCUGACCACCGCUGGCCAAGACCUGAUUUUGAUUGGCCAAGACCNAUCCGCACGAAAACAUGCAUCUGCGCUUAG